GUUGUUGGGCCGGGAAAGCUGCUUCCGGGUCAAUGCAGGACACAGGGCUCCGGAGGCCGGAGUUGGGGACGAGGUGAAGCGGAGCCGGUCCGGGGCCGGCCGUCAGCAGGCCCGAGGCUGAGCGGCGGCCACGGCGGCGGCCGGGAGGGGGGAGGAGAGGCGCAGGCCGAGGAGCCGCCGCAGCAGCUCCCCCGCCUCCCGGGCUGAGGGGUGAGUGGAGCCCGGGCCUGCCGGCUCCGCCGGGUUGUCGAGGCCCGAGGGGCUCCCCUUUGGAGCCGGGGUGCCGUGCGAGGAAAUAGUAGGAAGAAGUCGGAGCGGGACGAGGCCUGCCUGGGCGAAGGGGAGGAUGGGACACCUGCCGGGGCCGGAGGGAGGAUGGGGCCGGGCCUGUGCUGCGGCGGCGCGGGGAGGGCCUGGGCUGGGAGAGGGGCAUGAGUUGGAGGAGGCCGUAUGGGGGAGCCUGUCUGAGUUCCUGGGAGAAUCAGGGCUUCCCGCUGUGCCCCGGAGCCUGGGGGACGAGGAGAUGCCCCAUGGCUGGUAGAAGAUGGAUAUUGGAGAUGUCUGGGGCUGCUGGGGAAAUAGGAAACUUGCCUCUGAAUAACUACUGAGUAAAAAAAAAAAAAGAGUACGUGUCCCCGGGGAGGUUCGGUUGGGUUAGGAGCUCCUGGGACACCAGGCCUGCUCCUUCCGGGGCCCCGUAGGAGCAAGCAAGCGGCAGUUUAAAGAGGGCUUUUGAGAGAAUAGUUUUGCCCCCAGGACAACUGACUGACAAUGAGGCGGUUGGGGUAGGAUGGGACCUGGGAGGAGGGUACCCUGUCCGGAGAUCUGGGAGAGGAGAAGAAGGGUCAGGAUCUGUGAGGAGCUUCAUUCUCUGCUGAGUUCGAGGUCCUCUUCUAGGAAGACAUACUGGGAAUUGGUGAAGCGAGAAGGAGAGGUGAUACUGUCUUGGGGCACAGUGAUUCUAGAAGUUGUAGUUUCGUAGAGUUGGUUGGAAGAGUAGAACUGUUUCUAGUCAGUGGAGGGAGGAGGAGCUCUUUGAGGUUGCUAAGUUACCAGAAGCUUGUAGGCACCGCCUAGGGCUGGUGUUAGGGGAGGUUAGUUCUUUCAGGUCCAAAUUCGGGCUUAGUUAAGGCGUGUCCUCGUUCUUUUUUGGCUGCCUGGAGCUCUUAAAUUGGUUUCCACGAGCCCAGCUUGAGCUAAGAGGUUGUGUAGGUGCUGAGGGCUGAUGAAUGUCUUUGGGUCCAGAGACAUUUGACCUAAAUCUCUAGGUUAGGAGCCUUCAAACUUUAAAAAAAAUUAUAGUAAGAAUAACAUCUAGUUCAUUAACAUCUAGUACAUACCCACAUAGGAACAAGAAGUUUCACAAAGCAGUACUCAUUCUUACUACUAAUGAUGCAUACUGAUAAUUGCUAUUAUAUUUCAUUCUUUUUCUUUAAGAAAUGCUAACUAAACGCACUAAAUUGAUACACGGGUCAUAACUUGCAGUUUGACAAACUGUCUCCAGGGCACAUUUUUUUGGCUUCAGUUAGUGUCUUCCUGGAUGUUUCUAGAGAACAAGGAUGAUAAUAAGGAGAUAGGGAGAGUGGAACCCCCCUGGUGCAAUUGACUACUUUUGUUUACAUAUUUAGAAGGUGUAGUAAAUUGUACCAUAAUCUUUGAUGUCUUAAUUUGCCUGAUCAGUUGAUGAAAUUUUGAAAUAAGUAUGUGCUUUUAAUUUUCUGUUCUUUGCUGGAUCUGAGAAAUAUGAGAGGCCUAGUUCCAUACAGUUGAUUCAUCCUUACAACAUCUUUAAGUGAAGACAGCAUGGCUCAACAGAUUAGGAAUACAGAAAGUAUGACUUAGCAUCCUGGUUGGGCCACAGAAACCUGAGCAGGUCACCUCAGUUUCGUGUCCUGUGUAAAUAGAAGUGUCAGUCUGUCUGUUUGAGAAGGUGCCUGUGGAAAAUUACUGGGCUUUAAAAUGAUUGUUAAUCUCAGUGUGGGGACACUCAGCUUUCGGGGAGCGUCGAUUCAGGAGUAAAUGUUUCUACUCGUGAAUUUUGAAAUUUUAGGAAAGGAAGAUGGAUCAACCUAGCGGGAGGAGUUUUAUGCAAGUAUUAUGUGAAAAAUACAGUCCUGAAAACUUUCCUUAUCGCCGUGGUCCUGGGAUGGGAGUCCAUGUCCCAGCCACACCUCAGGGCUCUCCUAUGAAAGAUCGCCUCAACCUCCCAAGUGUAUUGGUGUUGAACAGCUGUGGAAUAACCUGUGCAGGAGAUGAAAAAGAAAUUGCUGCCUUCUGUGCUCACGUGUCAGAACUAGAUCUUUCUGACAAUAAACUUGAAGACUGGCAUGAGGUCAGUAAAAUUGUGUCAAAUGUUCCCCAGUUGGAGUUUCUAAACCUGAGUUCCAACCCUCUGAAUUUAUCAGUUUUAGAAAGAACAUGUGCUGGGUCCUUCUCUGGGGUUCGAAAACUUGUCCUCAACAACAGCAAAGCUUCUUGGGAGACAGUCCACACGAUACUGCAGGAGUUACCAGAUUUGGAAGAACUCUUCCUGUGCCUUAAUGACUAUGAAACAGUGUCUUGUCCUUCUAUUUGCUGUCAUUCUCUUAAGCUACUACAUAUAACAGACAAUAACCUCCAAGACUGGACUGAAAUACGCAAGUUAGGAGUUAUGUUUCCCUCACUGGAUACCCUUGUCCUGGCCAACAACCAUUUGAACGCUAUCGAGGAGCCUGAUGAUUCAUUGGCCAGGUUGUUUCCUAAUCUGCGAUCCAUCAGCCUCCACAAGUCAGGUUUGCAGUCCUGGGAAGACAUUGACAAACUAAACUCAUUCCCUAAACUUGAAGAAGUGAGGUUGUUAGGAAUUCCUCUUCUGCAGCCAUACACCACUGAGGAGCGAAGGAAGUUGGUAAUAGCCAGAUUGCCAUCCGUCUCCAAACUUAAUGGCAGUGUUGUUACUGAUGGUGAGCGAGAAGACUCCGAGAGAUUUUUUAUCCGUUACUAUGUGGAUGUCCCACAGGAAGAAGUGCCAUUUAGGUAUCAUGAACUCAUUACAAAAUAUGGGAAGUUGGAGCCUUUGGCAGAAGUGGACCUGAGACCCCAGAGCAGUGCGAAAGUAGAAGUCCACUUUAACGACCAGGUGGAAGAGAUGAGCAUUCGUCUGGACCAAACAGUUGCAGAACUAAAGAAACAAUUAAAAACUCUAGUUCAGUUACCCACGAGCAACAUGCUUCUCUACUAUUUUGACCAUGAAGCACCCUUUGGCCCAGAGGAAAUGAAGUACAGCUCUCGAGCCUUGCAUUCUUUUGGCAUUAGGGAUGGAGACAAAAUUUUUGUGGAAUCCAAGACAAAAUAAUCUCUGCCAGCCUUGUGAGAACACACGCAUUAGGACUUGCAGGGCAUUUGUUCUGUGAAGUUUUCUUCAGGAGGGAGAAGGUUGUUUUGCUUAGUUUUGUUUUGUUUAGGUUUUGGGGGGUUUUGUAUAUUUCCCUCUAAAAUGGGUUAGGGGGCUGUUUUUGGUAUUUUCUACCACCGAUUCCUUCGGCUCUGCCACCAGAAUUGGCCACAUCCCCAGUCCCUGUGCCCACCGUCAUGAGAGAUGCCUGGGCAGCACCGACUCGUAACGAUGUUCACGGGGAUCUGUGUGCCGCUUGGUUGUCAUGACCACUUAGGUACACUUGUGACGCUGGUGUGAACAGUGCGCCCCCCAGAAGGGCAUCUGCGCUUAAAUCAGGAGACGAGGAAUCUUUCCAGGAAGGGCCGGCAUGUCUCUCUCUCAGUUCUUCCAUUUUCCCCUCCCUCUCUCCUUUCCUUCUUGAGUUCAGUUAUUCCUUUUGACUUGUGUCUGCACAUUUGCCCAAUAGUUUUAUUCUGUCCGUACCUAACUUCUCAUUUCUCAACUUGGGUAAGUUUUUUUCUUCAUUUCUCCCUUUUGAAAUAAUGUCACAUGUUUCAAGCAUUUCUCAACCUGGUUCUGAUCUCAGGUACUCAGUUGGAACCUUUAGUUCUGUUAGGGUCUGGAAGAAGAGUCCAUGAGGGAACACGGGCUGCUGGAAGCGCAGGCACGAGCAGUCUGAGCUCUGUGUGUGACUGUCCCGGUCUUAAUGUUCCUCCCCCAGUAGAUCACCCAUUACUGACAUGAGAUAGGUCAAAUCCCAGAGUUCUUUGCUUUUUGAAUGUAUUUUUUUCAUAUCUAUCUUUUUCAUUACUUUAUUGGGAAUGGAGGCCUGACUUCAUGAAGAAUUCAAUAGUGCAAUGGAUAUACAUGCCAGGAGAGCUAAGAGUUACCUAGUAAACUCUUGGUGGUAUGUGUGAGGGAGUCACGUAGAGGGGAUAUGGGAGAAAGUGUGUCGUGACUUUCCUGCCUGGCAUCAUUUGAAGUCUUUGCUCUCGCACUUUGCAUUAGAAAAAGUGGGAAAUUUUCUUCAAAGGGAUCUUUGAUUCCCAGUUCUUCCCUGGGAUUUUGUGAUGUCAUAAUUAAACAAUUCUUUUUGUUUUAUGUUUCAACUUAGUUGCCCCUACAGGAGAACAGCUCUGACUAAUCUCUGAGUAAAGUAUAAGUGUCAAAACUUCAGAUUUGCCUCCAAGUUAUGUUUUUUGCACAAUCAUAUUUAAAGCACUUCCCUUUAAAAGGUAGUCCUUACCUGCUCUGACAUCUUUUGGUUUGUUCUUCUGUUCCUUUGUUAAUCAGUGUAGUCUCUUCCUUUGAUAUAUGUUUUUCUGGAUCCACCGUGUUUACUGAUGGGAGACUUGAGAAGGACUUAGUGCCACUGGGGCAGAAAAUGUGCACAUGAAGUAUUUUUCAAAGAAUGUAACUGUUAUCUGAUUGCAUUUGACCUUUUGACCUUUGUUACAUGAUUCCAUCACUUCUACAAACUCUUAAUUUCUUACGAAAUUCUUAGAUGACUCUUGUAAAACCCUUCUCAGAUACAAAGUUGUGUUUAUUAUUGCUACUUUUUCAGUCAUCCUAGGCCACAAUAGCAGAUGUUUAUUCUCUUAAUGCACUUCAGGUUCAGUAUCUGUAAAGCCUUUGACCCAGGCUUGCUGAGUCAAAUCUACAUUCACCGUAAUGUUGAAGGUGGAAACCAAAGGGUUUAGGAAGAUGAAUGAGGCCAGCUCUCCUGCUGCUGCAGACUUUAUCUUUCAAAAUCAUAAAAAUGAACAAUGGAGAUCCAGGUGGGGUAUAGACAAGAAUAAUUAUUUUGCAAUCACAUUUUCCUGACAGAUUUUUGGAGGUGGGAAAAAGUGUGGCAACCGUGUCAUGACAAUUAAAACUGUGGGUGCUUUGUGUACGUGCGUGUGAGUGCAAAUGAGUAUGAGAGAGAAACAGUGUAAUUGAGCCCGUCGCUUUUGUCAGCCUGGGAAACAGAUGAGCUCUUAUUUUUUAAGGUUGUAUGACCCACGACUGUCUCACAGCAGAAAGCAGAGCGAACACCUGUGUUACGCUUUAAUCAUCAGUGAAAUAGUAACAAUAAGAUAUUUUAUAUAUGACAAAGUUUUAUGAAAAUGCUUUUUUAUUAUUAGAGACUUGUUCCUUCUGCUAUUACAGAACACAGUGCCCAUCAGCUGCAGGCGUAAUUCUCCAAUUACACAGUUGCAUGUCAAGGGAACUUCUCAUUUAAUUCAAUGGUCGUGGGUAUUUGGGGGACAUUGUAAUUGAUGGUUCUAAUAAUUGCUAAAUGAUUUUUGAUUGAGACAAGAUCUAAUGCAAUUAUCAGUCUUUUAGAGUUACAGAACGGAAGUAAAUGAGAAAAGCUGUUUGAGCAUGUAUACAUGUAGACUUAUUUGGGUGGCCGAGUAAAGAUGCUGCUCUUGAAAUAAAAUUGGUGCUGUGUAGACACUUGUAACCAAAAUUAUUUUUAUAACAGGCAAAAAAGAAGGAGAAGAGAGACCAUGGAUUUUUGAGUCAACAAGUUAUGCAUAAUUGAUUGUAGCUUAUCUGUGUUUUAAUGUUAACUCCAUCCAGAUUCAGCGAGAGCAUAUCAUUGACAUUUAUGAAGCAAAAUUCUGUCAUAGCCAGUAUUACAGAUAAUGUUGCUACAGGCACAGUGUAUAGAACAUAUCUUUUCUAAAAUAGAAAUUCUUUUCAGUUGUUAAAAAGGAAAGGAGUAAUAAAAGAAAACCAAGUCAAUACUGAGGCAUCCUUUUCAUGUGGGCAUGGAGCUGCUGAAACCACAGUGGAAAUAAAUUUUUGAAUUUGAAUUGUUGAAAUAUCCCACAUUGCGUUAAAAAAAAAAAAGUUCAGAGUCAUGUAUCUUUUUUCCUUAUUGAAAGUUUCUAUUGUUUCUGUAACCUAUUGCCACCAUGACUGUAAAUGCCUAAGAAAGCAGAUAUUAUAUAACCCUUGUUCCUUUAAGACCUUUUGGUGAAAAUAAGCCCAAAACAUGAGCUGUAUGUAACAGAGCCAAAUGUUAUGAUGCUAUGUUUUAAAAGUUUGUUUCCUUAAAAAGAAAGGAAAGUUCAAUUCUAACCAAAUGUUUUAGCUAUGUUGCUAAAUCAGCAGUGUUAUGAACAGGGAAGACUUGUUACACCGGUAACAUGUCACCAUUUGAGGCACGCAGGUGACAGCUUUUAGGAGCCCGUGUGUUGAGGGUGGCUUGCUCCAUGGGAGGUGCUAGGCUCCAGGGCAAAUAAAACAGAAUACAGAAUAAUAGAUUGUUCUAAGCAACGUCCUUUCCACUGAUGAAUUUGACUUUUCCCCUCAUUUCAUGUUGGAUUGCAAAUGCAAACCAACUGCUUCCAAGAACACUCAGAAGCUCUCUGUGUUACCAGGUGUGUUGUGAACACUCUAUUUUUCAUAGGUGCUUCCUUCAAAUACGUGUCCACUGUAGUGAUGGAGAGGGACUGGACUCUCUCAGGCUCUUUACUUGCCAGUUGUCUCCUGCAGUUAAUGGAAAUAUAUAUAUUUUAUUUUAGAAUAUAAUUUAAACAUGAAGGUCUAUUCUUUGCACUUUUUAUUAAUAUAUAUAUAGAGAGAUAAUCUUUAAAAAAAUUAAAAAUCCAAGUCCACUUUC